UCAGUUCGUUGGCAGGGCUUCCGUGUUCGUAACAGUGUAAGUCGCAGUUCACUCACGGCGCACUGUAGACGAAUCCCAACAUAAAAAUCGCCCCUCUUCAUUUCCCACCAUUUCAGUCUCUGCUUCGAGAAUAAAAGGCAGCAAAAAUGAAAAUUUCUCAGCUUCUGUGGAGAAAUCUCCUCCAAAAACCUAAACGAUUCGAAUCCCUCUCACGUUAUUCGUAUCCGAUCUCUCUCUCGCCUUCUCCAAUCCCGAAACCCUCUUUCUUUGCCCUUCGAUCCUUCUCCACUGGAUCUUUAAUGCAAACCUCAAGAGGGGAAGCAAAUAGAUCAAUAAAAGAAGAAGGAGAUUGCGGAAAAAGACCCAACAAUCCUCCAGAAGUGGAUCAUCAACUGUCAACUGACCUCAUGAAGAUCAUGGAACAAAGACUGUCAGGAAUUGAACACCAGAGUGCUUAUCUUCAAGAACUGCUUAAUCAGCCAGAAGCCACUGCAGCCGAGUAUUCAAAGGCCAAUAAGGAGCUUAGGAAACUCAGGAGUUCUAUGGACCUAAUAAAGGAUUUGAGGGCCAAACAGAAGGUGAUUGAUGGGCUGAAAGCACUGAUGACAGAAUGCCGAGAUGAUAAAGACAUGUGUGAUAUGGCAGCUGAGGAGUUGGCUGAAGCCUUAGAAGAGGAGAAAAGAUUGCAGCUACUCCUGCUUAAGUCAUUGCUUCCAAAGGAUGAUGCUGAUGACAGGGACUGCAUUUUGGAGGUGAGAGCAGGGACUGGAGGCGAAGAGGCAUCUUUGUUUGCAAUGGAUAUAUUCAAAAUGUACGAGAAGUACUCACAUAAGAAGGGAUGGAAGUUUGACAUUGUAGAUAUAAUGGAGUCUGAUCUUAAAGGAUUCAAGGAAGCUAGUGGAGCAAUUUCAGGACCCGGUGUAUAUGGGAAACUUAAAUUUGAGAGUGGCAUUCAUAGAGUGCAGCGAGUUCCCAUGACAGAGAAAUCUGGACGUGUGCAUACCAGCGCGGUGUCUGUUGCCAUCCUCCCUCAGGCUGAUGAGGUCGACGUCCAGUUGCGUAACGAGGACCUGAAAAUUGAUACAUAUAGAUCCGGUGGGUCAGGAGGUCAGCAUGCAAAUACCACAAACAGUGCUGUUAGAAUUACUCACAUUCCAACAGGGUUGACAGUGUCCAUACAAGAUGAACGAUCACAGCAUAUGAACAAGGCCAAAGCACUAAAAGUGCUAUGCGCGAGGUUAUAUGAAAUGGAAAGGUCAAGACUUCAGAUGAACCGAUCCAAACUCCGUUCGGAGCAGAUUGGCAGUGGCGACAGGUCCGAACGCAUCCGCACGUACAAUUUUCCACAGGGGCGUGUGACCGAUCAUCGGGUCGGAAUCACUCAUCAUUCUAUAGAUGAUGUGAUGCAGGGGGAAAGCUUGGAUGUCUUCAUCGAUGCUCUUCUUUUACAGCAAGAGAUGGAUGCAGUUGCAUCAUUCAGCCCCUUGUAGAGAGAUCUUCACUUGGUAGCUGGAGUGGGCCAGUGGAUUUUGUAUCACUUAUUCCCGAAAUGCCCCUGACCAUUGGAUCACAUUAAUUGUAGCAUUGUAGCUAAGCUAGGGGUAGAUUAUAUUUAUACGCGUUAAUCCUUAAAUCCCCUUCACUGGGUUUACUGGAA